UGGACGGUUCUUCAUAAACAGCUCGUCAACCACCUCGGUAGCUUGCUAGCCAACAUAGCCGAAAGAUUCAAGCUAUUUAUACGCUUUCGGUGUAUAUUAGCUACUGUGUUUUCGACACACUUAGGUCGUAUCUAGUUGUUAAUCUAUUUAAUAUUACGUUAUUUUGUAUUAGUCAGCUGUAGUAGCUGGCUGUUUAAAUUAGCACUAGCCUAGUCGCUAAUGAUAGCUAGCUAGCUAACAUCCCCGACCAUGAGGUCAGUAAGCUUCUCCCCUCUUGUUAAAGAAGAGGUCUGCUGGACGGAGAAAGAGGGUCUGGGGCUGAACAUUGUCGUGAAAGAGGAGGGUGAGGCUGUUACAGUGAAAGAAGAAGAGAUAGACGUUUCAGUGAAAGAAGAGGAAGACGCGUUCAGAGUGAAAAAGGAGGAGGAUGUUACAGUAAAAGAGGCGGAAGAGAAAGAGGAGGAUGCAGUUUAUGGAGUGAAGGAGGAAGGGGAGAUUACUGUCACAUUGAAAGAUGAAGAGGAGGAGAUAGGAGAUCUGAUUCACACCAGAGAGAGACGGGACUAUCGUGGAUCCUCUGGGAAUCCUCAACAACCUCAUGAUGCUGACGAGGCAGAGAAGAGUCUCUCCACAUCAGAACUCCUCCAGAAACACCAGCAGAGACCCACAGGGAAGAAAUCUCAUUGCUGCUCUGACUGUGGGAAAGGUUGCAAAUCUUCAUCAGAACUUAAAAUACACGCGCGAGUACACACAGGAGAGAAACCUUAUAGCUGUGAUCAAUGUGGGAAGAGUUUUGGUAGAUCUGACCAGCUGACAUCACACCAGAGAAUACACACAGGAGAGAAACCUUAUAGGUGUGAUCAAUGUGGGAAGAGAUGUACUACAUCAAGCAAUCUGACUUCACACCAGAGAACACACGCAGGAGAGAAAUCUUAUAGCUGUGGUCAAUGUGGGAAGAGUUUUUUUCAAUCUUGCUCUCUGACUGUACACCAGAGAACACACGCACAACACACAGGAGAGAAACCUUUUAGCUGUGGUCAAUGUGGGAAGGGUUUUGAUAGAUCUGGCCAGCUGACAUCACACCAGAGAAUACACACAGGAGAGAAACCUUAUAUCUGUGCUCAAUGUGGGAAUAGUUUUACUACAUCAAGCAAUCUGACUUCACACCAGAGAAUACACACAGGAGAGAAAUCUCAUAGUUGUGAUCAAUGUGGGAAGAGUUUUGGUGCAUCUUGCUAUCUGACAGUGCACCAGAGAAUACACACAGGAGAGAAACCUUAUAGCUGUGGUCAAUGUGGGAAGAGUUUUGGUAGAUCUGGCCAGCUGACAUCACACCAGAGAAUACACACAGGAGAGAAACCUUAUAGCUGUGGUCAAUGUGGGAAGAGAUGUACUACAUCUUACUCUCUGACUGUACACCAGAGAAAACACACAGGAGAGAAACCUUAUAGCUGUGGUCAAUGUGGGAAGAGUUUUGUUCAAUCUGGCUCUCUGACUGUACACCAGAGAACACACACACAACACACAGGAGAGAAACCUUUUAGCUGUGGUCAAUGUGGGAAGAGUUUUGGUAGAUCUGGCCAGCUGACAUCACACCAGAGAAUACACACAGGAGAGAAACCUCAUAGUUGUGAUCAAUGUGGGAAGAGUUUUAUGACAACAAGCAAUCUGACUUCACACCAGAGAACACACACAGGAGAGAAACCUCAUAGUUGUGAUCAAUGUGGGAAGAGUUUUACGACAUCAAGCAAUCUGACUUCACACCAGAGAACACACACAGGAGAGAAACCUUAUAGCUGUGAUCAAUGUGGGAUGAGUUUUACUAUAUCUAGCUCUCUGACUUCACACCAGAGAACACACACAGGAGAGAAACCUUAUAGCUGUGAUCAAUGUGGGAAGAGUUAUACUACAUCAAGCCAUCUGACUUCACACCAGAGAACACACACAGGAGAUAAAUCUUAUAGUUGUAAUCAAUGUGGGAAGAGUUUUCCUACAUCAUUCCAGCUGACUUCACACCAGAGAACACACACAGGAGAGAAACCUCAUAGCUGUGAUCAAUGUGACAAGAGAUACUCUGAUAAAAGAUCUCUGAUCAAACAUAAAAAAAUACAUACAUGAAGUUGUUUCAUGAUAUCAAUGAAAUAACGUCACAAUGUAGAAUGUUUUAACAUUGUAGUAGGAGUAUUUUAAUGAUGUCACAAUGUAGAAUGUUUUAACAUUGUAGUAGGAGUAUUUUAAUGAUGUUCUACCUUAUCCUUAUCCUUUGCCCUGUUCAAUUGAUUGCAGCAUGAUAUUGAUAUUAGCCUCAGGGGAAAUAUAGGCUCUGAAUUGAAAGAGUAUUAUUUAACAAAAAGUGACUAACAAAAAAAGAGCUGUGUUACACUUACUGCGUUGGUGACCCACUUUAAUCAAAAUGCAGCACUUCAAAAUGUAGCUAGCUGUUUUCUACAAGUUGAAAAAGCUGCUUGUUUAAAAAAAUACAUGUAAUAUGAUAAUUGUUGCAGAUGUUUGUGUAUUUACACACUUGAAAGCAGUAUAAUAAAUUGGUCUAUAAUCAAUUUUAUUAACAAUCUGACAUCACUCCAGGAUUUCUUGACAACAUUCAAAUGCUAAUUGUCUUUAUUCCACUACUGAAGAAGCAUGACUCAAAAGUAAUCAUAAUUAUUCAUGCAACCAGCUGACCGUUUUUGUGUAUAAUUAUAUUGACAAUGUUGCCCUGCUUUUAGAAUAUCAGGAUUCAUUCUCAGAUGUGCUAACCCAAAUGCAUGACAUUGGGGACUGGGCCCGAUCCAACAACAUGCCUAUCGAGUGAACCCUGAAAAGAGAGAGAGAAGUAAGGUUGAAAGUUACUACGGAUAUUGCAGGAGUUGGUUGCUGAUUGUCUCAAGGGUGGGCAGUCAACAAGUUUUGCGUUUAGCCAGUGCGUUGCCAUGGAUCACAAUUUAUUUUGACUGCACGUUUUUCCGUAUUGGAGAUGAGAUUUAGUUUUUUGGGCUCGUUCCAAGGGGACCAGAGUUCUAGAAGCUAGUGAGUUUUAGGAAGAGGAGAGUUCUAGUAGCCAGUACUAUAAUACUAUUGUAUAUUAUUAUUAUUUAUAUUAUUAUUUAGAAAUAUGUGUUUUUUCUUGUUUUUAAUUGUUGACAGCCAGUAGACACUAUGUUUAUAUUGUAGUUGAUUAUGUGAAAUGGAAGUUGUUUUCUGUUGGGGGUGAGCAUACUUGUCCAACAAAAAUAUAGGAUAUAUUUGUUGUCUAAAGGGGGAAGGUGUUACGGGCUUUGGUUUUUCCAUUUAUGUUUUGAGGUUGGACUUUAACACGUAUAGCUCGUUAGCACGUAUAGCUCGUUAGCACGUAUAGUUCGUUAGCUCGUAUAGCUCGUCAGCACGUUUAACUCGUUAACAUGUAGGACGCACUGAUUGGUGUCACCUCGUUAGUCAGUAUGUGUUACACCUGUGCUGGCUUGUCCAUCUCGUUAGUGGGAAGGUGUUUCACCUGAGCUGGUCCAGGUUCUAUUUAAGAGUGUCUGGCCCAGUGCGCCAGUUGUCUUGAUAGAUGUGGAGAGUCAACACCUUUAGUUGCUCCACCUUUUUGGUUUGCGUCCUGUCUAAGUUUGGUGUGGGUUUUUAUAUUGUUUGCCUCUUCUUGGGCAGAUUUAGUGGGUCUCAUGGUGGGUGUCUUUUAGGUCCCAGUUGUUGUUACUAGUCAACUUUCAUUCGACACCCCCAUAGUGUCUUUGAGAACCCCUCCUAAAAAACAAGCUUAUAUUUUGGGUUGGAUAUUGCAUCCAAUUAGUGUUUUAAUCAAUGGCAUUUCCUUAGAAUGCUCAUUAGUCUUUCAGUUGUUAAUCUUCUGUUUUUUUUUAUCCUGUUAUUUUUGUGUACUAAGUAUUUCUGUUUAUUUUCAUUGUUUUCUCCUGUGAAGCCAUUGUGUUGCAUCCAUGUCUAAAAUGUGCUGUAUAAAUAAAGCUUGAUUUGAUUUCAACAAAUGAA